UGAGGAGAGAAACAUCAGAGCGAGAGAAGAGCUGCUUCCAGAAAGACCUUUAGAACUCAGUCAAGAAAAACAACUGAAAACAUCUCACACUAUGUCUUGUGAAAAGUCAGUGAACUGUUCCCCCGUCGGAUGUUUUGGCGUCACUCCGGUGGAAAACUGCAAGAAAGUGUCAUACGUGCCAGUUUGCAACAACCCCUGCACCUACGUCCCAUCAUGUUGUGAUUAUGGUUUCAACAGCAACUGCAAGAAAGUAGCAUGCUGCGUGAAACCUUGCACUAAAUCCUACCACUGCAUCCCAUCAGGCUGUGAUUAUGGAUGCAAAGACGACUGCAAGAAAGUGGCAUGCUGUGUGCCGGUUUGCAGCAACCCUUGCAACCCUGUCCCAUUAUUCUGUGAUAAUGGUUGUAAGGAUGACUGCAAAGUGGCAUGCUACAGUAAACCUUGCUCUGAAUCCUACCACUGCAUCUCAUCAGGCUGUGAUUAUGGAUGCAAAGACGACUGCAAGAAAGUGGCAUGCUGUGUGCCGGUUUGCAGCAACCCUUGCAACCCUGUCCCAUCAUGCUGUGAUUAUGGUUGUAAGGACGACUGCAAGAAAGUGGCAUGUUGUGUGCCAGUUUGCAGCAACCCUUGCAACCCUUGCAACCCUGUCCCAUUAUUCUGUGAUAAUGGUUGUAAGGAUGACUGCAAAGUGGCAUGCUACAGUAAACCUUGCUCUGAAUCCUACCACUGCAUCUCAUCAGGAUGCACUUAUGGAUGUAAAGAUGAUUGCAAGAAAGUGGCAUGCUGUGUGCCAGUUUGCAGCAACCCUUGCAGUCCUGUCCCAUCAUGCUAUGAUUAUGGUUGCAAGGAUGAAUGCAAGAAAGUGGCAUGCUGUGAUUACGGUUGUAAGGACGACUGUAAGAAAGUGGCAUGCUUCAACCCUUGCAGUAACUCCUGCUCCUACACUCCACCAUGCUGCGAUUAUGAUUAUAAACCUGUUGCCUUUAAAGUUGUUAAAGAUGACUGCAAAGAUGCAACACCAUGUUAAAACAAGAUGAUCAAACAUUUUCCAGUCGUCAAACUGGAUUCAGAAGAGCCGUGACACGAGCCGGUUCAAACCCUUGCAAUUAAAUGCACACUGUAAUUACUGUACAUGGACUUUGCGGUCCAUUACAGAUUAAAAAAAAUCUAGCAGAAUGUUAUUGUUGUGCUUAAUUAUUUACUGUAACAGCUAGAAGUACAAAGAAUCAACAAAUUGAA